ACUAUUUUUUGGGGCGUUGUUUGUUGAUCAAAAGCUUCGAGCAGUAGUUCUUUUGUGGUUUCCUCCUAGAAAAGCAACAAAAUGGCGCAGUGGAACCAUGGUUUGUGUGGCUGCUUCGAUGACUGCGGUACUUGCCUUGUGACGUACUUUGUACCUUGUUACACGCACGGUAAAAACGCCGAAGCGGUUGGAGAUAGCUGCCUGCUUUGUGGUUUGUCGUUGUUUGUGCCUUUGCUUGAUCUGUUCGCUAUGACCAGUAUUCGCGGUAAAGUUCGUGAGCAGCAUGGAAUUGACGGAUCCUUUGUUGGUGACUUUCUUGUAACCUGCUUCUGUCCUUUGUGUUCACUUGUUCAAGUCGCUCAACAAGUUAAAGGCGCUCCUGGUGGCCACGCCAUUUCCCGCUCCUAGAUGUGGAUUUCGACACCGAUUGCCUCAAAACACCGACACACCUCUGAUUUUUCUUGGGAUUUUUUUCCAAGCUUAGAGACUGUAGACUUAGUAAGACAAUACAAGCACAAGACAAAGCCCGAUAUGAUCAUCAUGGCCUGAUGUUCAUUUGAACGAAGGAGAUGUUGAGCGUCGGUGCGCUUCUCAAGACAGUAAACAUUAAUGUUACCUAUUACAAUGAAAUAUUAACGAUGCUUUCUGAUAAUUCUGGUCGAAUUUUGAUAGUACCACUAAGUAGAUAGUUUGAUUUUUAAUGACUUUUUAACCGAGUACAGCUUGGCGAGGCAAGGUGUGUAAUUAAAUAAUGCAUACUUUUUGUA